AAAUGGAUGAGAAGAAGAAGAUGAAGAAGAAGAAGAAGCAGCAACAACAGUCUGGUUGUGGUGUUCUAGUCAUUUACCGCCGUGUUUUUCGACGUCGGUCUAUGGCAGUCUCUGGUGAUUCAUCUAGUGUUCCUUCAGCCAUGCAGAGGAAAGAAGAGCAAAGAGUUGUGCAUGAUAGGGAGUGUAAUGGUAAGGGGAUUGUGAAUGGCACGUUAGUGAAGCCAUGUUCAAGUAGUUUGAUUGGUUUUGGGAGCAAUGGGGUGAUGGGAAACAUUGUGAGGAGGAGGAGAAGCAAGGAAGUGGUUUGUAGAGCUUUGUCUGUGAGUUUGGAACCUGAGAAGUUGAAGGAGAUGGGAAAUGAGGAGUAUAGGAAGGGGAGGUUUGCGGAGGCGGUGUCGUUGUAUGAUCAGGCGAUACUCAUUGAUUCCGGUAAGGCUUCGUACCGGAGUAACAAGGCUGCUGCUUUGAUUGGAUUGGGAAGAAUUCUUGAGGCUGUUGAAGAGUGCAAGGAGGCUGUUAGGAUUGAUCCUUGUUAUUGCAGAGCUCAUCAUAGGCUGGCCAAUCUUUAUCUCAGAUUAGGAGAAUUCGAGAAGGCAAUCCAUCAUUUCAAGUUAUCAAGAAGCGAAGAGAGCUCCAAUGGAAUUUCGAAAGCACGAAGUCUGCAGAGCCAUCUCGCAAAGUGCAUUGAAGUGCGAAAACAAAGAGAAUGGCAGAGUUUGCUAAAAGAAUCAUGUUCUGUGGCUGCUGCUGGUUCUGAUUCUGCUCCACAAGUUUUUGCAAUGCAAGCAGAGGCACUGCUGAAGCUCAACAAGCAUGAAGAAGCUGAUUCAAUAAUCAGUAAUGCGCCAAAAUUUAACUCCGCUGCAUCGAUAAAAUUCCUUGGAUCAGCAGUCAAUGCAUAUGUCCAUUCAAUCCGUGCACUAGUCGAUGCGGCUGCUGGAAGGUUCGAAGAUGCAGUUACAGCAGCAGAAAUGGCUGUUCAGUUAGACCGAAAAAAUCAGGAAAUUUGGGUUGUGUUGCAAAGAAUACGGUCAAUAGCAUCGGCACGAUCGAAAGGUAAUGAGCUCUUCAAGGCAUUCAAGUUUGGAGAAGCUUGUACCUCAUACGGAGCAGGACUUGAUUAUGAUCCUUAUAAUGCUGUUCUUCUUUGCAACCGAGCCGCUUGUCGAUCAAAAUUAAACCAAUGGGAGAAAGCCAUUGAAGAUUGCAAUGCCGCGCUUCUUCUUCGGCCUAAAUAUCAUAAAGCUCGUCUAAGGAGAGCUUACUGCAAUGCCAAGCUGGAGAGAUUGGAAGAAUCAAUUGAAGACUAUAAAUUUCUGAUUAAUGAGAUUCCAGAACACAAGGACAUUGCUAAAGCUUUGUUUGAGGCUCAAGAACAACUUAAAAUGAAGCAAUGCAAAAAUUGAACAAUGACUUGCUUCAAUAUUUUUGCAAACUGGUAUGCAUCAAUUUUUCAGAUCAAAGUUGACAGAUAAAAUAUUUCAAUGUUUAGCAGGCUUUGAUCUUGAGAUGUUCAAGUAAGUGAUAAAAAGUUCGGUCGGAAAAUAAACAGAAUAUAUGUAUGAAAAUUGAGGCAUUUUUUUUUAUUUACAUGUGGAACAAAGUGAGAAAUUCAUAUAUUGGGAGAGAAAAACAGAAUGCUGAAAAUGAAAAAAAGAAAAAAAAAGAAAAAGAAA